UCCUGUGCGUGGGAUUUGGCGCCAGGUUAAGUGCUGGCAGAAGGCUGGCGCGCGCGGGCUAUAGUGUGUCGCAGUGAGUGAGACAGAGAGGAGAAGUGGUGUCCCGAGAGAAGAACUAGUAUGGCUCUUCCACACCUCAGCGAGGGCGCCAUCUCGGCUAUGUUGGGUGGCGAUUCUUCUUGCAAGCCAACUCUGCAAGUGAUUAAUAUCCGCUCAAUCAACACUGGAAAUGGCCCUCCACGUUAUCGCCUCCUAAUGAGUGAUGGCCUCAAUACCCUUUCUUCUUUUAUGUUGGCAACCCAGCUGAACUCCCUUGUGGAUCACAAUCUUCUUGCCACAAACUGUAUUUGUCAGGUGACACGGUUUAUUGUAAAUAAUCUGAAAGAUGGAAGGAGAGUUAUCAUUGUGAUGGAGAUGGAGAUUCUGAAAUCUGCUGAUUUGGUUAAGGAAAAGAUUGGCACUCCGCAGCCCUACAACGAGGGGCAAGGGCCACCACAGCCUGCAGCACCCGCAUCUGCUCCUGCUCCAGCCCCCCCACCUAGCAAACCCCAGAACAAUUCAGCUCCUCCUCCUUCAAUGAACAGAGGAACAUCUAGAUUGUUUGGAGGAGGAGGUAUGUUGAACACACCUGGGGGAUCUCAGACAAAGGUAGUGCCCAUUGCAAGUCUCAAUCCUUACCAGUCCAAGUGGACUGUUCGUGCUAGAGUCACCAAUAAAGGUCAGAUCCGCACAUGGAGCAACUCCCGAGGGGAUGGGAAGCUGUUUUCAAUUGAGAUGGUGGAUGAGAGCGGUGAGAUCCGAGCUACAGCUUUCAAUGAUCAAGCUGACAAGUUCUUUUCCCUUAUUGAAGUCAACAAGGUGUAUUACUUCUCCAAAGGCACAUUAAAGAUCGCCAACAAGCAGUACACCUCUGUGAAGAACGACUACGAGAUGACUUUCAACAGUGAGACGUCCGUUAUUCCCUGCGACGACUCUGCUGAUGUCCCUACGGUGCAGUUUGAAUUUGUACCUAUUGGCGAAUUAGAAAGCAAGAACAAAGAUACAGUAUUGGAUAUCAUAGGAAUUUGCAAGAACGUCGAAGAGGUAACUAAGGUCACAAUAAGAUCCAACAACAGAGAAGUUUCUAAGCGCAACAUUCAUCUAAUGGAUUCAUCUGGUAAAUUGGUCUCGACAACUCUGUGGGGCGAAGAUGCAGAUAAAUUUGAUGGUUCCCGACAGCCUGUUGUUGCAAUCAAAGGAGCGAGGCUUUCCGAUUUCGGAGGGAGAUCUCUUUCAGUCUUGUCGUCUAGCACUUUAAUGAUCAAUCCUGAUAUUCCUGAAGCAUUCAAACUCCGUGCAUGGUUUGACUCCGAGGGGCAAGUGGUAGAAGGAACAUCUAUCUCUGAAUCUCGCGGUGGUGGAACGGGAGGUGGAAACACAAACUGGAAGUCUUUGUUAGAAGUGAAAAAUGAAAACCUUGGCCAUGGCGAAAAGGCAGAUUAUUUCACCAGCAUUGCUACAAUUGUGUAUCUUCGGAAAGAAAACUGUCUUUAUCAGGCCUGCCCUUCAGAAGACUGCAACAAAAAGGUGAUAGAUCAACAGAAUGGGCUUUUCCGCUGUGAAAAAUGUAACAAAGAAUUCCCAAACUUCAAGUAUCGUCUCAUCCUUUCAGCUAACAUUGCAGACUUUGGGGAGAAUCAGUGGAUAACCUGUUUCCAAGAAUCGGCAGAGAGUAUUCUGGGUCAGAAUGCUACUUAUCUUGGAGAACUUAAGGAAAAGAACGAACAAGCCUUUGACGAGGUGUUUCAGAAUGCCAACUUCCGUUCUUACACCUUUAGGAUCCGAGUCAAGAUGGAGACCUACAAUGAUGAAUCUCGUAUAAAGGCCACGGCCAUGGAUGUGAAGCCUGUUGACCACAAAGAAUACUCUCGGAGGCUUAUUAUGAACAUUAGGAAAAUGGCGACUCAAGGUGUCUGAUUUACCAAAGGCCAAUGAUAAAAUCGCUUAAAGAUGUGGGAGCAAAUAUUAAAUUGUUCCAUGAAUGGCACCAUGCUAAAGCACUGAAGCUUAAACUGCAUCAACUUCAAAAAUGAUCACCGUUAGCACUUGCUUCCCAGAGUGUCGAGCAAGUGAAGUGGAUAGAAGCCUGCGUUCUUUUCAUUCUGCUUCAACUCUCAUCAACAAAGCAUUCAGCACUGCUCUCUCAUGGAUGAGAAAAAGGCCUCCAGCAGAAACCCAAGGCCUUUGCAUUUGUCAUUGCUUAACGUUUUAUUCCGUAUGUAUCCCAGCUGCAGAUGAGGUCAGGAAAACUCAAUUGGACAUUCAGAAAGUGGUAUUCUGAGCUAUUCCAUAAAUGUCAUGAAGUUUAAGGAACACUUCAUAGUUAUGGUAGCACUAGGUGCCAUUAGUCCUAUACAGGGAGUCCUUGAGUUACAUACAUACAACUUACAUACAACUCACACUUACAGACAGGGGCUAUUACAGUAACAUACUGUGGUUUGACUUUUAUUAGAAUUUAG